GGUCAUGUGGUCGUCGUUUUGACGUGUUUUUAAAAUCAAGUUUUUCACUUUUCAUGUUUGUUUUUUAUUUAUUCUUGUAGCAUGCGUUUGUUGUAGAAGAAAACUGGGAAUUGAGUACCUAUUAUAUUCGUUAAUAAAUAGAUGCAUAUGUGCACUUAAUUAACAGAAGCGCUUCGAGGAAAAUGCCAAGUUGAUUUAUUAAUAAAUUGGUUAUAUUCACUUAAGUGAUAACAGCAUGUUUAAAUUGGAAUCUUACAUUACUCCAAUUCUGCUCAGUUACGUUGAUAAAUAUAUUAAGAACUUCCGUCCUGAAGAUUCUCAGCUAUCACUAUGGGGAGGUGAUGCCUCUUUUCACAAUUUAGAUUUACGACUUGAAGUACUUGAACAAGAAUUGCAAUUACCAUUCACUUUUGUGUCUGGCCAUAUUCAUGAAUUAUUAAUCCAUGUCCCUUGGACAAAAAUAACAUCUGAACCAAUAACAAUAACCAUCAAUACGAUUGAGUGCAUUUUAAAGUUGAAGACUUCUUCAAGUAAUGCUAGUUUUGAAUCAAAUCAAGCAAAAGAGAAAUUAAAAAGAUCUUUGAGUAAAAGGCAAGAAAUUGAGGCACCACCAGGAUAUGUACAAUCAUUAAUAAAUAAAAUUGUGGAUAACAUUAAAAUAUAUUGCAAUAAUUUAAUAUUAAAAUAUGUUGAAGAAGACAUAGUGUUAUCAAUGAAUGUUAAACUAUUAACUUUUGAAUCUGCUAAUGAUAAUUGGGAAUCGGGAUAUAUUGAUGUAUCUCAAAACAAGGUGACAAGAAAACUUAUUAAUGUGUCUGACCUGACCAUAUGUUUAGAUAAACGAAAUGCUGCAGGAAAGAUUGAUGUAUACCAAGAACCAGUAUUAUAUCGAUGUUCUUUAACACUUUACAUGUUAAGAUAUUAUCAUUCUGCUACAUCAAAACGUCCCACAAAUACACGUUUAGAUGUUUACUGUGAUAGUUUAGAGUUUAGUGCGACUGAAACACAAAUUCCAAUGUUAAUGCGAAUUUUGAAACUGAUAAAUGCAUUGGCAUCUAAAGAACUAAAACCGGAAACUACAAAAAGAGACUCUACAGCGUUUUCAUUGGAUAGUGAAGAGGUUUUAAUUUCAGAAAAUCAGGAAAGUCAAGAAUCAUGGGCCAGCUGGGCUUGGUCAUUUAUACCAUCAUUAAUCUCAGUGGAUGAAGAAAAUGAUGAACAUCAAGCAGUUUAUGCUGGUCAUACAAUGCAAAUUGGUGUUUAUGUUGACAAUAUUUCAAUUACAUUUAAGGUCUUAGAACAUCAAAAUGAGAAGGGCUAUUAUGCCCAGCGAAGAAUUAGAUAUUGGCCUCUUCUGUCACUUCAUUUGCAAGGUGUUUUCAUGGAUACCAUAAUGCACGAAAUCAAGUGGUCUCGCACAAGUUUAGGCAUUAGUGAAAUUGUGAUUUUUCCAUUAGGAACAUGUAGCUGUUCGCACACUGAGUUUCAAGAAGGAUCGAACCCUCCUGAGUAUUUAAAAGCAGGUUCACCUAGUCAAUUAUACAAGGAAAAUUCGUUGUUCGAUUCAAAUGCUGUCGAAAAUAAAGGUCGUAGAAAAUCAUAUACUAAUUUAGACUGGGAUUACCAUUUGACAACGAUUACGGAGGCUGUGCUUUUAGAAAAAACACCUGCUUUUGCAAUUGAUCUUAUACAUCAAAUAGAUAUACCAGAUGAUACCAGUAGUGAAGUUUUAUUGGAACUUUCAAAUAAUCGUGAAUAUAGUGAUUUUGCCGAGAGGGCCAUUUUGAGGAUUGUAUUUGGACCAUUUUUUUUUAAAUUGUGUUCUGGAUUUCUUCAUCGCUUUAGCAGCUUAUUACAAGCAUUAUCUGCGUACGAUUAUCUCCCUUACAGCGUUCCCAAACCAGAACCGGCAUUUUCUGAACUUCCACCUCCUUCAGCUGAUGAUUAUGAUGCACUUAAUGAAAACAUUCCAGUAAGGACUAUGCAAAUUACAUUUGUGGCUCCUGUGAUACAGAUACACUUACUUGAUCAUCCCUUUUUUGUGCCUUCUAAAGGGGUUCUUUUUAAACGAAAGAAACUGCCCUCGUCUUCUGCACAAUUACAAAAAAAUCUGCCUCAUUUAACCCUAGAAUGUCAGUGUAUUGAUAUUACAAUAAAAAAUCCAAUGUACGAAAAACGUCUUGUAGUUACAACCAGUCAAUUACCUGACCCUCCCCAGCACAUGUUUGAAGCAUGUUAUCAAAUUGUGAGUACAAAGGUUUUGGGAUUUCAGAGCAAGCUUGUUCUCGAAUCUAAAAAGUAUAUGAUAAUUAUACCUCCAAGCAAUGCAUCUUCCAAUUAUAAAAAUAUUUUGAAACCUCAGUAUUGGGUUAAUCCAAACGUAAUUCAUGAAGUUUUUCUCUUUGAGUCGGAAACAUUUUCGAUUACUGGAACCAAAGCUAAACUUAUGGUAGCUAUUUUCAUUAUCGACUCAUUUUGGAAAUGGAAAGAUGAAAAGCAAAAAAAUGUUAAAUCAAUUUUAAACACAUCAUUAUUGAAAGACAGUACAAAAGAAAACGGGAUGAUUUAUGCAGAAUUGUCGAUCGAAAAUGUUCGAUUUAAAAAAGUAUCCACAUCUUCAACAGUUUCUAUUGAUGCGAGUUUAGAUUCCAUAAAAGGGUUCGUUUUUGAACAGGCUAAUUUCGAAUCUAGGGCUUAUGAAGCAAAUUCUGGGGACACCAUACAACCGUCCACCCCUAAAAAAGUUCAUUUUGCCGAUAUUCAACAGGUGAUGUUUAUAUCAGGUCCAGAAUUCGAAAUAGCUGAAGAAGGUGAAGAGUUUAAGAAACCAUGCUUUUCAUUUACCGUACAGUUUCCUAUUCUACCAGACAAACCAGUGCACGCACCCCUUUGUAUCUUUGAUAUGCAGGAGAUAACGUUCUGUUGUGAUCCAUUGCUUCUUAAAUGGCUGUGUUAUAGUCCUAAAAGAACGCAAAUAAAAGCAGAAGGGACUUCUGAACAUUUUCAUCGAAAACCUAGAACGGUUUCCGAGACAAGCAGCAAUGUUGAGACAUCUCGUAAGAUGAAUACCCCUCAUGAGUCAGUACAUAGUAGUUCUGAUAGAGAGCAUUUGCACAGAACUACAUCACUGCCAAAGGAAUCGAAAGAAACCGAUAUUAAAGACGAAUCCGUACAAGUCCUUGACUUUUUAAAAUAUUGGAGCAAUAUUUGGGUUUCUAGUUUGGUCUGCGGUCGUAUUGACCGUUGUGUAAUUUACGUACCUAUGACUUCCUUAUCAGCUAUUGGAUCUCAAAAUAUUAAACAAGCUGUUCAUAAAAUGUUGAAAAGAAAAAAUCCUCCUGAUUUAUUAGUACUUAUCUCCCCCGAGAUAUCUUUGAAAAGUACUAUUAACUACGAAACCCUGUCUAGGUACAUCAAAGCUUUACCUGUUGACACUCCGAGUUAUUUAUGGAAUGAAGGUAAAAGCAGUUUUCCUUGGUACAUUUCCGUGGAUAAUAUGUGUUGCUACACUAUACAAAAAGCAAAACAGCUAUAUAUGAUCAAAAAUGUAUCCUUUGAUGCUACUGUUGGAUUUUCUGGAAAAUCUAAAGCCAUUGGACCAAUAUGCAGGACAACUGCGAAAGAUGAGGAGGUUGAAAACGUUCGGUUUCCAAUUAAAAAUCGUUUACAAUACGUGAUAGGCACUAGCAAUGUAUCACCUGAUGUAGAGAGUAACGAAGAUGUGCAAUCCUUAAAUGUUUGUGUUCAUUUUGACAUGAAACCUGUAGUUGUUUCAUUGUGUGAAGCCCAGGUUUGUUUAAUUACAAACAUUGCGUACGGAUUUUUAAAUAAACUUAAUUUAUGGAUGGAGGAAACUAUUGAACCAAGAAUACCUGAGAUUGUCCCUUACUUUUCGGAAGCGUCUACCGGAUCUCCCGUUUUACACGAAAGUACCGUAGAAUCACCGAGUGAUCAGCCGUUAAUUGUAGAUAAAUCACCCAGUCUUGGCAAGACCGAAUGGUCAGCAUGGAUUCAGUGGACAAUUGCUCGAGUUACAAUCGAACUACUCGCAUAUGACGCAGUGGAUUUAUACUCUGAUGACAUAUCUUAUAGUCAUCCUCCCAAUUUAAAAAUGGUAUUUGACUUUGAAGAUAUUGUCAGUUCAUUUGAUUGCCAAGGAGUUUAUUUAAAAGUUAAAAGUAAAAUUGCUUCUGCUAAUAUUCGUCAUUACAAAAGGAGUAAUAAUUACAAACAGUGGAAACCAGGUCAAGUGUUGGGAAUAUUAAUGAAAGAGCGUGAUAUUACUGGCAUUGAAAAAACUAAAGACAGUUCAGAUAUUUUUUCGCUUACUAUAACCAGGGCUAGUUGUAAACAUACCCAUGCACUUUGGGGUACAAAGUUGAAAAAUAAAUCAAAAUUGAAGAAUGAAGAAGAAAAAGAAGAAAGUGCUGAGAUGCGUUUCAUCACAGAAAUCGAUCUUACUAUAUUACCGAUCGAUGUAAUUCUUCCUUUUACAGUGUUACGUGAUUUUUAUAUGGUAUUGGAACCGUUAUUAAAUGCACCACAACAGGCAACUUUUGUUCAACCAGACAACGAUUUGUUAUUAAAUUUUAAUAAUCAAAAUUUACCAUUAGUUUAUUUACAUAUAGAAGGGAUUCGUUUGGUGUUACCAUCGUCUGAACUGGAAGACAAACGAAUCGUACAGGAUGUUUGUAUUUUUCAAAUAGACGAUAUAACGUUGUCUCCUAGCGCUGUAAAUCCUAUAAUUCGAACACCAUGUAGACCUGAUAUCUAUCAACAGGGAGCUAGGACACGUCAAUUAAAUAUUCCAGGAAGUGAUAUAGAAGAUCGCCAGUAUCAAUUAGACAUCGUCGGGAUUUCCAGUGGCACGUGUCUUUGGAAAGACUUACUGACCAUUCUUAAUGUGAAUAUAAAAGAGGGUUGCCUACUAAAGACAAUGAGUGAAAAUCCAGCACUUGAGUGGAACAAUUUGGGCAAAAGUGUACUAAACUCUGGACCACAUUUCAAUUUUUGGCCAAUCAUUAAAAAAUUCGAUAUUUCCAUAAUAUUUGCUCCGGCGAUGGUUUACAAGUUAGAUACUGUCGUUUGUGGUCAUUCAUUAGAAAUAAAUUUUGCUUCUGAUGUCGACAUAUCCAUUUCCUUGAAUCAAAUCAACCUUUUAUGGGUUCUAAUGAAUGAAUUUUUAUGUAUUUGGAAGUCAUUUAUGGUUGCCGAUUUGGUUUUGAAACGACCUCAGGUAAAGAUUGAAAGCAUGAGAGAUGACCAUAAAAGUGACGAUAGACCGGAUACAUUGGAACAAGGAUGCUCUGAUGUUUGUGCUAAAAUUGAAUACGACAAAAAACAAAGUGAAAAAUCAUUUGGAUUUUUUUCUCAAACACCGUGGCAAAUUGGAAAACAAAAUAUUCCUACAGAAACGUUAAUUGUGGGCGGAAAACUGACUCUUUCAUUGUAUGACGUUGUUGACCCACUUGCUAAAGAUAAAGUUAGAAAAUCAUCAAAAAAACCUGUACUAAUAGAUGCUGAAUGCGAAAGAGGCUACGAAGGAUCAGAAGAAGGAAGCGAAAGUAGCGAGCAUGUUACGAGCAGUUUCACACCCCUUUUAUUUAUCUACAUAUACCAACCUAGCUUUUUUGCAAGUCUCCAACAAGUCACUAGAAAAAUGCAGGUAUCUGUAUCAGACGUUAAACUUAAAAGUUGUAGUGUAGCCUAUAAACCGUUAAGCCAAGUGCCAAAAGAAGAAAACUUCCCAAUUAACCUCUUAGAGACACGCUCAGGUAUGCCACAUCCUGAUACCGGCGUUUUACCUGCGUUUUUGACUUUAAAAUGGAACAAAAGUUUAGGAAAAACUGCAACGGUAGACGCGGAAUUUGGAAAACCUAUUAAAAUUGAGCUAUCUUUACAACAGUGGAAUUAUUUUUUGAUGAUUAAGGAAAAAAUGAUGAAAAUCUUUAAUUUGUCUUUGGACGGUUUCAGUGAUAUAGCACUAAAAACCGAAUAUUUGACAAAACCGGAACAAUUAGUAAAACGGGAAUAUGGAAUUGAAGAGGUUUCUUUUAAUUCCACUCAUAAAAAAACUGAAACGUACACCAAAUUAACAAGUUUUAAAGAAACGAUUUUCGGAGUGACAGGUAUAAAUGCGAAGGUAUCUCAACUUGUUCUGGUUGUGAAGACAAAUUCUGGCAGCGAUGGCGUACUAACUGUGGGAUCUUUUAAAAGUUAUUUAACAAUAUCCAACAGACCGGAACGAAUAAGCAAUGUAAUCAAUAUCGAAAACAUAACAUUUAGUGUAGUAGAUAACAACAAGUACAUAAUUUUAUUAAAUCCGUGUAACAUGUCUGUCGAAAGUUGUUUCUUUUGGGAGCCAUGGCAAGCUGUUGAUAGUAGUCCUCAGGUACAAAUAUCGAUCGAUUCGGACAACAUUCAUUUUGAUGUUGGCUCUAAACACAUUAAGUGCAUGCAAUUUUUAAUGGAAGAUUUCUAUGAAAUUAUUGCAAACUAUCCUAGCGACAACGAUAGUGAUGAGGGUAAUGAAAUAACAAAUGAUUCUAAGAGCAAUCCUGAUAGCAUAAAAUCAAACACAUCAGAAAAAGAACAACAUUACAAGGACGAUUUACGCGCAGGAGCAUUCCAAUUUAUUAACGCCUCAACGAACAGUCCUGAUGAAUUACCUCUACCAUAUCAAGUAAUGUUUUGGGACGAAAGUACAGCAGCAAUGGCAUGGCGAUAUCCUCAACCACGAGUAUUAACUAAAGUUCGGGUGUUCCCCGUGCCGUUCAAAGAAGCUUCGGAAAAGUUUAAAGAUCAGCAAGUUCUCUGUUCUUUAGAGUAUUGGGCGGAUUGUCAUUGUUCAUAUCAACCGUUUACACAGUUCUUUUUAUCCGAGAGUGAGAUGUGUUAUGUUGAUCUUCCGACACAUAAAUCUUAUCCAACAGUGGCCUGCAUUUGGAGGGUAGUUUUGCAUCCGAUUAAUUACGAGGAUCCAAACUGUUUCGAAAUAAUUAAUCCCAGUAAGUUCUUAAUCUCUCCCAAAGCAUUGGCUGCUUGUCUCCGUAUAGACUCUUAUUUCAGUAAAAGUUUAGUACCUGACGUUUCUCUAGCGAUAAACGUUGACUCUGUUAGUUUAUCAUUGUAUUCUCACUUUGACAGAGAUGCGAUCUACAGAAUGCCAGACGCUUUAAAAACGUUCAGUUUUGAUGGUAAUAUGCCCGAAGAUCAGUGUUUUGCAAUAAUCUCCUUUGACAAUUGCAAAGUGCAUGUUUUAUCUCGAAAUUAUGAGGAUCACUUAAUUGAUUUCUCGAUGAUGGUAAAAUGUUCUAUAUUGGAAUAUUCAUUUUUAACGUUGCAACCCCUCUUAGAACCUUUUCCCUUAAAAAUAGAACUUGAUUUAACAAAAACUACAAAAAUUAAUGUAAUAGCACAACCUAUAACUAUCAAAUAUGGACCUCCCGUUGGUCAUACGUUAGCUGUAAGCAUGCAAAUGUGGAGUCAAACAUUACAGGAUAUCCCUACAAAAGAUUUAAUCGUACUGACCAAUUAUAUUAUUUGCAACGAUACAAAUCUAAAUAUCGUGUUUGGUCAAGAAAGCACCGAUGAAAAAAUUUCUCUUUCUACACGUUGUUUCCAUUUAUACUGUUGGCGAUCUGCUAAGUUUAAACAAUUGCUUCGAGUGAGUGCUGAGAGUUUCGAUUGGGAUUGGUCGGAACCAUUCCAAGUAGCCGAAGAAGGUACUGAAGUUGUUGGUAUUCGUGGUACUUAUAAACUAUUUAUAACAGUAAAAAAAUUAUCCACUACUCAAAAACAAAUCAUUAUAACUGGAACAAUGGUUGUUUGCAAUAUGUUGACUGAAAAUUUUGAGUUCAAAGUAUUUGAAAACGUGGACAAUGAUAAAGAUCGGUAUAAAAAAGCUCAAACCCAUAUUGUGGAAGGUAGAACCACUGCUCCAUCUUUGUUGUUACAAAACGAUCAACGAUAUUGUCUUCGAUUAAGAUUUUUUGGGAUGGAUUCAGCAUGGACUGGUAACAUACCGCUAGAAAUAAAUACAAGAAAUGCACAACCUUGGCUUGUUAAAGUUCCUCUUCAAGAACGCAAUAAUUUUCUAAGUAUUUGGUGUAAAAUAAUCACUCAGAAAUACGGAAAGCAAACAAAAUAUUUAGCAGUAUUAUGGCCUCUUUUCAUGAUAAAAUCCAACCUAGCUAUUGACGCACAGUGUAAAAUUGAAUCGCCAGCUUUAAUGUUAAGUUCAAACAGUAUUAUACACGGCAAAGGAAAAUAUCAGCAGUUGUACUGCCCUGGAACAAGCGAUCACUCUCAUUUGCUUUCUUUUCAUUUUGAUAAUGGCAUUCCUGCCUUCAAUUCUGUUGUACCUUUAAAUUACACAUUGGUUGAUCAGAAGGAAAUAUUUAAAAAACAUGAUAACGAAAACAUAAACGAAGUUCUUGAAAUGCUGUCUAAUUUUGAAAAACAGAGGUGGCCAUACUUUGACGAUGAACAGGAUGAUGUUCAAUGGAUUGUUGAAGACCAGCCCAUAACCCAUGUAAAGAUAAACUAUAAGGAAGUCUGCCCAUAUGCCAAUUGUUUAUUGAUUGAACUAAUACCAUGGUGUAUUUUGGUCAAUAAUUUGGGUUGUACUAUAACAAUAGUAAUUGAUAAAGAGGAAGCUUGUUCAGUUCGUCAUCAAGGAAUCAUAUCGCCUCCAAAAAUGGAGGGCGAUUUUUAUGUGGGCGUUGAGUUGGGUAAAAAAAAGUAUUUAUCCCAAGCGUUACAGUUGGCUAAUUCCGAAUGGAGCCAAGCAUUUUACAUGCCCAAAAUUAUUGGAACUGUUCCAUUAAAUGGUUGUAUCCAAACUCCUAUCAAGUGUGGCGCAUAUGUAGGAAGUGAUAUAGAAGAUCGCCAGUAUCAAUUAGACAUCGUCGGGAUUUCCAGUGGCACGUGUCUUUGGAAAGACUUACUGACCAUUCUUAAUGUGAAUAUAAAAGAGGGUUGCCUACUAAAGACAAUGAGUGAAAAUCCAGCACUUGAGUGGAACAAUUUGGGCAAAAGUGUACUAAACUCUGGACCACAUUUCAAUUUUUGGCCAAUCAUUAAAAAAUUCGAUAUUUCCAUAAUAUUUGCUCCGGCGAUGGUUUACAAGUUAGAUACUGUCGUUUGUGGUCAUUCAUUAGAAAUAAAUUUUGCUUCUGAUGUCGACAUAUCCAUUUCCUUGAAUCAAAUCAACCUUUUAUGGGUUCUAAUGAAUGAAUUUUUAUGUAUUUGGAAGUCAUUUAUGGUUGCCGAUUUGGUUUUGAAACGACCUCAGGUAAAGAUUGAAAGCAUGAGAGAUGACCAUAAAAGUGACGAUAGACCGGAUACAUUGGAACAAGGAUGCUCUGAUGUUUGUGCUAAAAUUGAAUACGACAAAAAACAAAGUGAAAAAUCAUUUGGAUUUUUUUCUCAAACACCGUGGCAAAUUGGAAAACAAAAUAUUCCUACAGAAACGUUAAUUGUGGGCGGAAAACUGACUCUUUCAUUGUAUGACGUUGUUGACCCACUUGCUAAAGAUAAAGUUAGAAAAUCAUCAAAAAAACCUGUACUAAUAGAUGCUGAAUGCGAAAGAGGCUACGAAGGAUCAGAAGAAGGAAGCGAAAGUAGCGAGCAUGUUACGAGCAGUUUCACACCCCUUUUAUUUAUCUACAUAUACCAACCUAGCUUUUUUGCAAGUCUCCAACAAGUCACUAGAAAAAUGCAGGUAUCUGUAUCAGACGUUAAACUUAAAAGUUGUAGUGUAGCCUAUAAACCGUUAAGCCAAGUGCCAAAAGAAGAAAACUUCCCAAUUAACCUCUUAGAGACACGCUCAGGUAUGCCACAUCCUGAUACCGGCGUUUUACCUGCGUUUUUGACUUUAAAAUGGAACAAAAGUUUAGGAAAAACUGCAACGGUAGACGCGGAAUUUGGAAAACCUAUUAAAAUUGAGCUAUCUUUACAACAGUGGAAUUAUUUUUUGAUGAUUAAGGAAAAAAUGAUGAAAAUCUUUAAUUUGUCUUUGGACGGUUUCAGUGAUAUAGCACUAAAAACCGAAUAUUUGACAAAACCGGAACAAUUAGUAAAACGGGAAUAUGGAAUUGAAGAGGUUUCUUUUAAUUCCACUCAUAAAAAAACUGAAACGUACACCAAAUUAACAAGUUUUAAAGAAACGAUUUUCGGAGUGACAGGUAUAAAUGCGAAGGUAUCUCAACUUGUUCUGGUUGUGAAGACAAAUUCUGGCAGCGAUGGCGUACUAACUGUGGGAUCUUUUAAAAGUUAUUUAACAAUAUCCAACAGACCGGAACGAAUAAGCAAUGUAAUCAAUAUCGAAAACAUAACAUUUAGUGUAGUAGAUAACAACAAGUACAUAAUUUUAUUAAAUCCGUGUAACAUGUCUGUCGAAAGUUGUUUCUUUUGGGAGCCAUGGCAAGCUGUUGAUAGUAGUCCUCAGGUACAAAUAUCGAUCGAUUCGGACAACAUUCAUUUUGAUGUUGGCUCUAAACACAUUAAGUGCAUGCAAUUUUUAAUGGAAGAUUUCUAUGAAAUUAUUGCAAACUAUCCUAGCGACAACGAUAGUGAUGAGGGUAAUGAAAUAACAAAUGAUUCUAAGAGCAAUCCUGAUAGCAUAAAAUCAAACACAUCAGAAAAAGAACAACAUUACAAGGACGAUUUACGCGCAGGAGCAUUCCAAUUUAUUAACGCCUCAACGAACAGUCCUGAUGAAUUACCUCUACCAUAUCAAGUAAUGUUUUGGGACGAAAGUACAGCAGCAAUGGCAUGGCGAUAUCCUCAACCACGAGUAUUAACUAAAGUUCGGGUGUUCCCCGUGCCGUUCAAAGAAGCUUCGGAAAAGUUUAAAGAUCAGCAAGUUCUCUGUUCUUUAGAGUAUUGGGCGGAUUGUCAUUGUUCAUAUCAACCGUUUACACAGUUCUUUUUAUCCGAGAGUGAGAUGUGUUAUGUUGAUCUUCCGACACAUAAAUCUUAUCCAACAGUGGCCUGCAUUUGGAGGGUAGUUUUGCAUCCGAUUAAUUACGAGGAUCCAAACUGUUUCGAAAUAAUUAAUCCCAGUAAGUUCUUAAUCUCUCCCAAAGCAUUGGCUGCUUGUCUCCGUAUAGACUCUUAUUUCAGUAAAAGUUUAGUACCUGACGUUUCUCUAGCGAUAAACGUUGACUCUGUUAGUUUAUCAUUGUAUUCUCACUUUGACAGAGAUGCGAUCUACAGAAUGCCAGACGCUUUAAAAACGUUCAGUUUUGAUGGUAAUAUGCCCGAAGAUCAGUGUUUUGCAAUAAUCUCCUUUGACAAUUGCAAAGUGCAUGUUUUAUCUCGAAAUUAUGAGGAUCACUUAAUUGAUUUCUCGAUGAUGGUAAAAUGUUCUAUAUUGGAAUAUUCAUUUUUAACGUUGCAACCCCUCUUAGAACCUUUUCCCUUAAAAAUAGAACUUGAUUUAACAAAAACUACAAAAAUUAAUGUAAUAGCACAACCUAUAACUAUCAAAUAUGGACCUCCCGUUGGUCAUACGUUAGCUGUAAGCAUGCAAAUGUGGAGUCAAACAUUACAGGAUAUCCCUACAAAAGAUUUAAUCGUACUGACCAAUUAUAUUAUUUGCAACGAUACAAAUCUAAAUAUCGUGUUUGGUCAAGAAAGCACCGAUGAAAAAAUUUCUCUUUCUACACGUUGUUUCCAUUUAUACUGUUGGCGAUCUGCUAAGUUUAAACAAUUGCUUCGAGUGAGUGCUGAGAGUUUCGAUUGGGAUUGGUCGGAACCAUUCCAAGUAGCCGAAGAAGGUACUGAAGUUGUUGGUAUUCGUGGUACUUAUAAACUAUUUAUAACAGUAAAAAAAUUAUCCACUACUCAAAAACAAAUCAUUAUAACUGGAACAAUGGUUGUUUGCAAUAUGUUGACUGAAAAUUUUGAGUUCAAAGUAUUUGAAAACGUGGACAAUGAUAAAGAUCGGUAUAAAAAAGCUCAAACCCAUAUUGUGGAAGGUAGAACCACUGCUCCAUCUUUGUUGUUACAAAACGAUCAACGAUAUUGUCUUCGAUUAAGAUUUUUUGGGAUGGAUUCAGCAUGGACUGGUAACAUACCGCUAGAAAUAAAUACAAGAAAUGCACAACCUUGGCUUGUUAAAGUUCCUCUUCAAGAACGCAAUAAUUUUCUAAGUAUUUGGUGUAAAAUAAUCACUCAGAAAUACGGAAAGCAAACAAAAUAUUUAGCAGUAUUAUGGCCUCUUUUCAUGAUAAAAUCCAACCUAGCUAUUGACGCACAGUGUAAAAUUGAAUCGCCAGCUUUAAUGUUAAGUUCAAACAGUAUUAUACACGGCAAAGGAAAAUAUCAGCAGUUGUACUGCCCUGGAACAAGCGAUCACUCUCAUUUGCUUUCUUUUCAUUUUGAUAAUGGCAUUCCUGCCUUCAAUUCUGUUGUACCUUUAAAUUACACAUUGGUUGAUCAGAAGGAAAUAUUUAAAAAACAUGAUAACGAAAACAUAAACGAAGUUCUUGAAAUGCUGUCUAAUUUUGAAAAACAGAGGUGGCCAUACUUUGACGAUGAACAGGAUGAUGUUCAAUGGAUUGUUGAAGACCAGCCCAUAACCCAUGUAAAGAUAAACUAUAAGGAAGUCUGCCCAUAUGCCAAUUGUUUAUUGAUUGAACUAAUACCAUGGUGUAUUUUGGUCAAUAAUUUGGGUUGUACUAUAACAAUAGUAAUUGAUAAAGAGGAAGCUUGUUCAGUUCGUCAUCAAGGAAUCAUAUCGCCUCCAAAAAUGGAGGGCGAUUUUUAUGUGGGCGUUGAGUUGGGUAAAAAAAAGUAUUUAUCCCAAGCGUUACAGUUGGCUAAUUCCGAAUGGAGCCAAGCAUUUUACAUGCCCAAAAUUAUUGGAACUGUUCCAUUAAAUGGUUGUAUCCAAACUCCUAUCAAGUGUGGCGCAUAUAUUUGUAUGGCUUCAAUUUUGAGUAAUAUUUGUAAUGAAAUACGUCAUCUAAAAAUUUCUUCUUCACAUGUUUUAAUAAACUGCAUACCGUUUCAACUGGAAGUGGUCUGUUUUGCUGUACCAGAUAAUGGAAAUAUUUAUAGCUUUCCUAAAAACGCUAAAUCGAAUGCGUUUACCAUCGCUCCAAAUCUAGACAAAAAUGACACUGGCAUAUCUAUUGUUCGAUGGCAUUUAGUAGAUGGAGAUAUCAGUACUGAUUUUGCCUUGUAUAUAUCAUUUGCCAUAAAUGCUACCGAGGGUUGGUCAUGUCCUGUUCGGGUGGAUAAGGGAUCGCUUCGUAGAGCAAUUUCUGUUAAAUCGGAAAAUCAAAACAUACCAUUAGUAAUUACUUGUCAAGAACGCAAGGGAGUAACUUACCUCUCUGUACAUCAUGACGCGCAUCCUCAGAUGCGUAUAGAAAACAGAAGUGGUAAAAGAUUGUACUUUGCGCAGUUUUUAAAAAUUGAUUCUCUGUUUGGAAAAUGUUUUGUCAGUGACGCUCCUCAUUUCGAUUGGAUUACCUCAGCAGAUAACGGCGAAACGAUUUAUUACAGUUUACCAUCAUUUUCUGAGAAAUUUCCAGACUUGGCAUCUGAAUCAGAAACAGAAAAAUUAGUAAUUGCCACUGACAUCAAAGGUGGUAUAUCCUCAACUCGGUGGUCCGUUCCUAUUAACAUAAAUAUUUAUAAUGAACAUUUCGUACGAAUACCCCAAUUUAAAGAUGUUAAAGUUACUUUUACUAGUUCGACACAGACAAUUUUUGUUACAAUAGAUUCGAUCAGUAAGGCUGAAGUAAGUGCCAAAGAUAUAAGAAUACGUCUUGCUUUACAUGAAAAACAACAUCACACUGAAACAAAAAUGCGAGCAAUCAAAUCCGCGAAAGAGUCUUCGAAUUGUGAAUCGAGCGUUCAAAGUAGUAAGGAUUAUAAACCAAUUUUACUUUAUGACCAGAAAGCAAGUUCUAGUGGGAUUAAAGAUCAAUAUGUUUUACCAAUUGUGGAUGAGAAAAUGAAUAUUGACAUAGUAAAUACCACAACAAGUUUAAUUACAGACCCUGCUAAAUCAUUAAAAGCGAUGAGUGUCUAUCGAAAAUCUUUGGUUGUGCAAAUGUUUUUAAAAGGACUAACACUCACUUUUACGUCCGAUUUGUCUGGCAAUUCUGUUAAAAUAAAAGAAAUAGUAAAUAUGAUCUGUGACAAUAUUACUUUCGUUUUGGAACAGAAGGAGAAAAUGAAUGUAACAGCAACAGUGUCGGAAAUUCAAAUCGAUAACCAGAUGUAUGCCAGAGGUGGUUAUGAUUUUCCUGUAGUAUUAAUUAGUCAGUCACCUCAAGAGCCUAAAAGACAUUUUUCUUUAAACGAACCCAUAGAACUCUUGAUGAAAGAAUACCAAAAUGAAUCAUUUAUAAAAACAGAAUUUGUUUUCGAAAAAUGGAAUGAUGAAGUGCUUGGUAAAAGCAGAAUGGAUAUUGAGAAACUCACCGUUUCAAUGAAACCUUUGUCAGCAUUUAUCGAAGAUACAUUUAUUUUAAAACUAAAAGAAUAUUUUAUGACUUGUACUCCAGCUAAGUUAGUUUUGUGGUCGAAACAAAAGAAAACAUUACCUCAUUACAGUUCCAAUUUUAUUAACCUUCCUAAUCACAUUGUUUUGGAAUCUAAAAUAUUAGCUUAUCCCAUUACAGUAAGAUCGUUGAUUGUUGAACAGUGGUCCUUACUUUUGUCAGUUCAUUCCUCCAUCAAAGUCUACAUUGCUUUGGACCAAUCACCUCUUCAAUUUUCAAAAUUUGAACACCAUAAUGUUAUGACCACCCCAUACAGAUUAGGAUAUGCGUUUACUUUGCAUUAUCUGUCAGGAGCAAUAUUUGGAGCUGGUUGGGUAGUGGGUUCUUUGGAACUUUUAGGCAGUCCUGGGACUUUAGCUAGAGCAAUGGGGUCUGGAUUAAAGGAUUUCGUGAGCUUGCCAUACUUGGGUUUAAUUCAAGGACCGUGGGCAUUUAUAAGAGGUGUUACUAGUGGAUCAGCGUCUUUAAUGAGGCAUGUAACAGCAGGAACAUUGCAAUCAGUUACUAAAUUGGCUGCAAGUGUAGCUAGAAAUUUAGACAGGCUCACCCUUGAUGAAGAACAUUUAAAAAGAACUGAAGAAUACAGAAGAUUACGUCCUCAAGGAGUUACUCAAGGAUUUUUACAGGGUUUAACCGGAUUUGGCAUUAGUCUUCUUGGUGCUGUAGGCGGUAUAGCUCAUCAUCCCUUAAAAUCAAUAAUGAAAGAAGGAGCAUCACCUAGAGGUUUUGCAACAGGUGUGGGGCUGGGUUUGGUAGGUGUUUUUACUAAGCCAUUAAGUGGAGCAGCAGACUUAAUUGCCCAAACAGGCGAAGGUUUACUACAAGGUGCUGGCUGGAAUACAUUUCCAGAACCCAGAGUGAGGCCAGUUUUGCAACAUAUUUUGUCUAAUUCUAAUUCCGUUUUAAAAUAUAAUUGGAAAUUUUCUCGGGACUGUUCACCAUGCACUUUAGUUUUUGCAAUUGAAGCCACUGAAAUUACUGCUGAAGGACUGUAUGUAGCGAUAGCAUUAAUACUACACGUCGAUAUUUUAUUGAUUGUAAAUAUUGACAACGAUGUUAUCGAGCAUACGUUAAACUUAAAGGAUAUAGAAGUCAUUUUGGAUGUAAAUGAUCCUACACUUGUAACUUUCAAAUUGUUGCCUCCGAAGAAACCCCUUAAAAUUCUUGAGGAUGAAAUACCAGAAAUGGAUCCUGCUCAACGGGCUAGGGUUGCGGAUUAUGUUAAAAAUACAACAGGGUUAAUGCAAUUUCCUGAUGACGUCAGUUUAAAUAAUUCGGAAAUAAGCGUAUCAAGUUGCGAUUCUCCUAGUCGAAUUUCGAAUGAAACCAAAGAAGUUUGUAAGUUGUUCACUUACUAUGUUAACCCACGCAGCAGGAAUUAUUUUGUCAAGUUAUUUAAGUUAGCUAAAGAACAACAUGAGAACUAUUCCUUUCAGUUUUAUUGAUACUAAAAUCUUUUGUUGCAAUGUGAGCUAUAUAUAAUGACAAUAUGUAUUUUAAGAUGCUUUUUUAAGUGUAAAAUAUUUUUUUGUUGACAAUUUUAUAUUAUUUAUUAUUCUAAUAAAAGUAAUUUUUAAAAAUUACUGUAGACACGAAUGUGUGAUAUUGUGAAAAAUUUAAACCUGUUUUAUUAAUAAUAAGU